CAGCCGCCUUCUCAGAAGACCAGAUCAUGGAUUUCCAGGAGGCCUUCUCCAUCUUCGACCAGAAGGGUGAUGGCAAGAUCCAGGUGUCUCAGAUUGGCGAGGUUCUCAGAGCCCUCGGCCAGAAUCCUACAGAGUCAGAAGUGAAGAAGGUUUCACACCAACACAGACCUGAGGAGAGGAUCAGCUUCGAAGUGUUCCUGCCCAUCCUGCAAACCAUCUCCCGCCAGCGCCCUGUUGACACUGCUGACGAUUUCAUCGAGGGACUCCGUCACUUUGACAAGGAUGGCAACGGCUACAUAUCCUCAGCUGAACUCCGUCAUUUGAUGACUCACCUCGGUGAAAAGCUAACUGAUGAAGAAGUGGAACAAUUGCUUGCUGGACAGGAAGACUCUCAGGGCAACAUCAACUAUGAAGAGUUUGUAAGGCUUGUCCUGAGUGCCUAAGGCUCGAAGGUUCUUCUGGAGUAGUUAACGUAUAUGGGAAGCAUUUAAGUAUGAGUUUGGUCAUAACCAACGUUACGUAUUAAAGCUUUUAACUAUUACCACAGAUAUUUAUAUGCAAACGAGUCUACGAGAAAAUUUAAAAUGCUGUUCAAGGUAAUGCAUUUUUAUAUUUUAAUAGAUAUUUAAGUAUAUUUAAAAACAUAUAGUUACCUGGUAGAUUUUGCCUUUUUGUACUUACUAAUUGUAGAAGCUAUGCCUAUUAGCAGUAAGGAUGGAAAUUAAUAAAAAACAAAAAAAUUCAGGUUAUUGUAACCGUGAAAUUUGUUAGUAUUACAUGACAUUCCAUUUCAAGGAAAAUGUGAUGUAAGUUUGUAUUCAACUGUUUUAGAUUCAAUGCAUUAUAUUCUCAUGUUUGGAAUAAUAUAUCAUUUGUAAACAAUAA